AUGAAGAAUUUCGCGAUAAUUGUUCUGUUUUUAUUGAUCGAGGGAGCGUUUGGUUUUUGUCCGUCGUUAUGUUCUUGUAAAUCGAAUAAGUCUGUCGAUGGGCCUUCUUCGGAGCCCCUUCCCGGCGAUUUCUUGAGAUUAAAAUGUGGUGGAACUCCCGCACAGAUCACUGAGCUCAAAGAGAUAGACCUGAGCAAACUCUGGACACUGGUCGUUAGUUUAAAUCUAUCAGGAAAUGCCAUAUCUACGUUAUCGAGAGAGCUUCAUUUGCCUAAUUUACAAAAAUUAGAUCUCAGUAGGAAUCAAAUAACUUUAAUAGAAUCGGAUGCCUUCUACAACAUGACUUCGUUACAAAGAUUGGAUUUAUCUUUCAAUCAGAUCAGUAAUAUUUACAAGGAGAUGUUCAAGGGUAUGGUUAAUUUGGAGAGGCUUAUGCUAACACACAACCAUAUAUCGGUGUUAGCAGCGGGAACUUUUGAUUAUCUUGUCGGACUUAAACAAUUAGACAUAGCUGACAAUCCUUUAAUAUGUGACUGUGAUCUACUGUGGGUGGGAGAUUGGUCGAGAAAUACGAGUGUCAAACUAGUUGGGAACCCGAAAUGUGCCUUUCCAGAGAACAUGGUUAACAAAACUGUGAGGAAACUAAAGAUAUUUUUGGAUCUAUCCGCCUGUGGAAAUGUUCUGCCGUCAAAUAAUUUGGUUGUCAAACCGAGUCACGAUCAAGUUGUUUUCGAAGGUGAUACAUUAGUGCUCACAUGUAACGCUCCCUUUGCAUCCGUUAUGGCGAAAUAUGAGUUGAAAUGGUCUCAUCCAAUGUUGGAAAUAUGUGAUGUUAAUAUAACAAAUACAGAUAUGCAAGAAGAGGGUUUAGCGGAGACAAGUGUGUUCUUCCCGAAUAUAACAACACAUCAUAUGGGCAAUUGGACCUGUGUUUACAGCGAUCAAAACCAUAUAAGGCAUAACCAUUCGGUGCAAGUUUUAGUGAUAUCAAACCAAACUCAGUAUUGCAAGACAGAACACACAAUUGACAAUAAAGGAUUGUAUUCAUGGCCCCAACUAUUAUUGAAUCAUACAGCCAAUGUACCAUGCCGUACCGGAGAAGGUUUGGCCUAUAGAAAAUGUUAUGCCAAUGCAACUUGGGGGCCGGCUAAUACAACUGAAUGUUCAUACAUAAGUAAUAUAACGAAAUUAUUACAACAGUUUGCAUUGUUGAAUGUCAGUCUGGUUCAAUACUCGGCUUUGAAUGCAACAGAAAGAUUGGCAAUGUUGAUACAAGAGAAAACAUAUCCGUUAGCAGAGAUAACAGAUCCCGAUGAUGUUAUGUUCAUUGCUAAAGCUAUAAGGAAUUAUAUGCAGUAUAUAUCAGAGGAACGAGACUUGGGUUCAACACUCCUGGAUGUGAUCAGUUCGGUGAUGAAUAUAUCAAGUUCGGUAAUGAUGAAGGCUGAAACUCUAUACCAGUCAUGUACUGACAUUGUUAAAGCCGCUGAAGAAAUAUCAGCAUACACCAGCAAUGUUCAAGGACAUAAGGUCAACUUGGCAGUGGAAAGGUUCCCUGUUCGCGAAGGUUUUAGUGGUGUGACGUGUGUGUGGUACAGCGUGUCUCGAGGCUUGCCACCAAGACUUCACUGUUCCACCACUAAUAGGACGGUGGCGCCACUGUUGACUGUCAGCGACGCUCUCAUACACGCUAGUGUACAGAUACCACAAUCUUUAUUGUACAGGACUACGGAUUCUGGGGAUGUUUUACAAAGUAAACCUCAAGAUCUGAUUGUUACUAUGUAUGAGGAUGCUUCAUUAUUUCCACUUCUACCCUCUAUGGAAGACAGUCCUAUGCCCGGACAUCGCUCCAAAGAUUACUAUGGACGUAGUACGAAAAGGGAGGAUAUGAAUAUGGAAAUAACAUCACCUGUAGUUGGAUUUCAACUGAGCGGAGGAUCUUUACGUGGGUCAUUAUUGGAGCCGGUAAUAGCUACUGUACGCGCUAGAACAACCGGCGGAGAAGAUGGCAGAGCGGCCAGCUGGGAUCAGAAAGAUAGGAUAUGGGUUGAUAAUACAUCAGAUUGCAAAGUAUCACACGUGGUUUCCGAGAUGAUAAUAAUAAGUUGCACCCGUCUAACGUAUGUUGGUCUGUUACAAAACGUGGAGACAGGCAUAUACGGGGCUAGGACUGAUGGCGCGAGGUUUAAAGUUUCCCAUCCCGCCGUGUAUGUGGGUAGUUUGAUUCUCAUAGGAUGCGUCAGUUGUUCAACUAUAACCUACAUCAUGUGCUAUAAAGCGGUCCAAAUGGCGAAGAAAACGAAACACGCGCUCAUUAAUACAUGGAUAGCCAUAGGAUUGCUGUGUUUUUUGUACACGCUUGGCAUAUAUCAGACUGAAGAUGUAAAAUUAUGUCAGAUUUUAGGUCUUCUGAUACAUUAUCUGUCUUUGUCGUGUUUAUUGUGGAUGUGCGUUUCGGCUAGUAAUAUGUACAAAUGGGUCACGAAAACCCACAAUCCCGUGAGAACGCCGGAAGACGAUUUGCCACCGGAUGUUCCGAUACAGAAACCUAUUUUGGGACUGUAUCUCGUUGGUUGGGGGAUAGCUUUGAUAGUCUGUGGUAUAUCCGGUGCUGUCAAUUUGAAGGAUUACGCGGGAUAUUCUCAAUGUUUCCUGAGUAAUGCGCCGGCAUUGAGUGCUCUUUUCAUACCGGGCGGUAUAUUGCUCAUGUUUUUAAUGGUACUGUUUCUAUUAAUACGUUGUACGAUACGUAAUAUGAACGUACAGUUGUCCGAGGGUACUCAAGCCACUGAGAACGUGGAUCUUGAGAUGUGGGAACCGAAUCAUGCUAAUGAAGGAGAGAGACGAAGUAUUAAAUCUGUAGUCGAUUCUGAAGUGGAUGAUGUUGAACAUACACCCAUAAUACAGUUAAGAGCGCAAGUUAUUGUUUUGUGCCUGUAUUUGUCUGUGUGGACUUGUGGCGCGAUCGCUGUAUAUAGACCUCUACCUGCCUAUUUACCCUACCAAGAAGACAUCUGUAGUAUAAUCUACGCAGUCUGCGCUACUGUUUUGGGAACAUUCAUUCUGUUCUUCUAUGGCAUCGCAAGAAGCGAUGUUCGAGCUCAAUGGUCAUUAAUGCACUGCUAUUUUCAAUCGAGCAAGCAAUGUUGUAGGAACAGAAGCGUUUUCGAUACGAAUCAACAAAAUUUACCGUCCGGUCAAGGCGCUACUAACUCGCCGCAGCGAGUUAUAACGAACGAUAAUAGAUCGAGAUCCGGUAGUAGGAGUUCCAAUAGAACUAACACAAAAACUAAUAACAGCGGCACUUACAAAGCCGCGGCUGAGCUCAAUGGUCAAACACAUCCCAAAGAUCUUAAGAACACUAAUGGAAAAACUCCAAAUAUAAAUUUGGUGGUGCUACACAGACAGCAGUAUAGAUCAAACAAUUCAAUGAUGACGUAUCCAGAAAGAGGUUCCUUAGGGCCCGAAGUGUUCUACAAUCCUAACCAAAUGAAUGUCGCUAAGAAGUUCUUCAAGAAACAAAGGCAGAAUAUGAAAAGAAAUUGUCUGGAAUUGCCCAUCAGGAGAGAUUUGGACGACGAGUCCCACGCCUCUCUGCCGCUGCCGAAUAAGGAUGCGUAUAAUGUCGCUAACUUUAUAAACGCCGGCAUUAAGUUUAAUAACACCAACCAACAUGUAGAGAGAUCGGCUAACGGCAUCAAAGAAACCAGAAAUUCAGUCAAUCCGAAUCUUCUAGAAGACGAUUCGAAAGAUAAUAUCGUGAAUUAUACCAACGAUCAAAAAUCAUGGGCCAAAAAGGACGAUCCCAAACAGGGUAGAGCCCAGAUAAUUAAUAUCUACACAAACGUUCCAGAAACGAGAGUACCACAGCAUCAGAUUGUGAAAGCGAACGUUAGCAAGAACUUGAACGGUCAAAGAAACAGUGUGUCAGAGGAAUGUUUGCAAGCUUGUGAACAACCGGAAAUGCGGACUAUAUCUCAACAAUGCAGCUUGGAAUACAGCUCGGCGUCAGAAAUAGCCAUGCCUCAUACAUGCUCGGAUCAGACCCUGAACACACACUCAGAAAUGACAUCGUUCCAAGAGAAUAGUGCCUUAUGUUCGACCAACGAAAUAACAGACACAGAAAGCUUCGGACAAUACAUAGAUUACCUUCAACCGAGUAAACCUUUAGAUGGGAAGGAAGUCAUCGAUAAAUCACUGCAAGAUAUAUCAGAGGAAUGCACCAUGAACAGCGAUGACGUGAAUAGGUCUAGCACACCGCAUAAAGAUUCCGGCGAAUUGGAUAAUUUGCUAGAAAAUCCAGAAAUCGCCGGAUCCAAAGACAAGUUAGAAGAAGAUAAAGAUACAUUCUUCAUGGCCAAAACGACGUACGACUUCGAGACUUGCAGCACGAACGCCAGCGAGCAGGGCUUUGAAAACGAAAGCGAUAUUUAUUGUCCGAAUUAUCAGAUGUCUGAAGUGAGCAUACGAAGUCACGGCUUGUACGCGCCAUCGCCAUCAUCUAUGUGCCCUAACGAGAUAAGCUUUAGCAACGAAGACGUUUCAACAUUAGAAAGCCAGUACGUGAAUUACGACCCCGGCUGGCGGAAAACGAUCAAAAACAAUCCUAAACUAGGAAAAUACGUGCCCACGCCCGCGCUAAGCUGUCCCGAGGUCAAUAGAGACAGUCCGAUAUCAUUCACUAGUGAAUUAGACGAACUAUACACGCAAAUAACUAGUAGGGAUAAAGAUAGGACACGGAAUAAGGAUCACGGCUUUGAUGUCACUGUCAACAGUGACGUGACAUUGAAACCUGACAGUGACAGUUGUGUCAGUGAAGCCGUGUCUGACGUUGACGUUAAGAAGGCGACGGUCUAA